GUCCGGGAUGGGGCGCCUGGACGCCUGAGCCGCCGUUCGGCGCGACCUCCGCGCGGGGCAAGGAACCGGCGCGGCGCGGCCAGGCUAGCAUGGAGACAGCCAGUGGCCCCAGCGGCAGCGGCCCCAGCGGCGACGGGGCUGGGGACGGUGCUCGCUCAGAGCCCCCAGCUCCCGGCCCUGCAGCCCCCGGCUCCGGCCCCGGUCCGUGCCCGGCCGCCCGGGAGUCCGAGCGCCAGCUACGCCUCCGCCUCUGCGUCCUCAACGAGAUCUUGGGCACCGAGAGGGACUACGUGGGCACCUUGCGCUUCUUGCAGUCGGCCUUCCUGCAUCGCAUCCGGCAGAAUGUGGCAGACUCUGCGGAGAAGGGCAUCACAGAGGAGAACGUCAAGAUCCUGUUCUCUAACAUCGAAGACAUCCUGGAGGUUCACAAGGAUUUCUUGGCUGCCUUGGAAUAUUGUUUACAUCCGGAGCCCCAGUCUCAGCACGAACUUGGGAAUGUUUUCUUGAAAUUCAAGGACAAGUUCUGUGUGUACGAGGAAUACUGCAGCAACCACGAGAAGGCCCUGCGGCUGCUGGUGGAGCUGAACAAGAUUCCCACUGUGCGUGCCUUCCUCCUGAGCUGCAUGCUGCUGGGAGGCCGGAAGACCACGGACAUCCCUCUGGAAGGCUACUUGCUGUCUCCCAUCCAGAGGAUCUGCAAGUAUCCGCUCCUCCUCAAGGAGCUGGCUAAGAGGACCCCCGGCAAGCACCCAGACCACCCUGCAGUCCAGAGCGCCCUGCAGGCCAUGAAGACCGUGUGCUCCAACAUCAAUGAGACCAAGCGGCAGAUGGAGAAGCUGGAGGCCCUGGAGCAGCUGCAGUCCCACAUUGAAGGCUGGGAGGGCUCCAACCUCACGGACAUCUGCACCCAGCUGCUUCUUCAAGGGACUUUGUUAAAAAUCUCUGCGGGCAACAUCCAGGAGAGAGCCUUUUUCCUCUUUGACAACCUCCUUGUCUACUGCAAGCGGAAAUCCAGGGUCGCGGGGAGCAAGAAAUCAACCAAGAGGACCAAAUCCAUCAACGGCUCCCUCUACAUCUUCCGAGGGCGAAUCAACACGGAGGUCAUGGAGGUGGAGAACGUGGAAGACGGGACAGCGGAUUACCAUAGCAAUGGCUACACCGUCACCAAUGGCUGGAAGAUCCACAACACGGCCAAGAACAAGUGGUUUGUCUGCAUGGCCAAGACGGCCGAGGAGAAGCAGAAGUGGCUGGACGCCAUCAUCCGCGAGCGGGAACAACGCGAGAGCCUGAAGCUGGGCAUGGAGCGGGACGCUUAUGUCAUGAUUGCAGAGAAGGGGGAGAAGCUGUACCACAUGAUGAUGAGCAGGAAGGUGAACCUCAUCAAGGACCGCCGGAGGAAGCUGAGCACUGUCCCCAAGUGCUUCCUUGGCAAUGAGUUUGUGGCCUGGCUCCUGGAAAUUGGUGAGAUCAGCAAGACGGAGGAAGGGGUCAACUUGGGCCAGGCCCUGCUGGAGAAUGGGAUUAUCCAUCAUGUCUCUGACAAGCAUCAGUUCAAGAAUGAGCAGGUGAUGUACCGCUUCCGCUACGAUGACGGCACCUACAAGGCGAGGAGUGAGCUGGAGGACAUCAUGUCUAAGAUCAGCAUGGAACUGUUCCUUCUCAUCUCCAUGGACACAGACUUCCCCAUCUUCCUCCCGCAGGGUGGCUGGUGGGUCCACACUGCCAACCUAGGGGAUCGGGAUUAUCACCUCAAGACCUAUAAGUCGGUGCUGCCCGGGAGCAAGCUGGUGGACUGGCUGCUGGCACAGGGGGACUGCCAGACGCGGGAGGAGGCCGUGGCGCUCGGCGUGGGCCUGUGUAACAACGGCUUCAUGCACCACGUGCUGGAGAAGAGCGAGUUCAAGGAUGAAUCGCAGUACUUCCGCUUCCAUGCCGACGAGGAGAUGGAGGGCAUCAGCCACAAGAACAAACAGCUUCGCAAUGACUUCAAGCUCGUGGAGAACAUCCUGGCCAAGCGGCUGCUGAUCAUGCCUCAGGAGGAGGAUUACGGCUUCGAGAUUGAGGAGAAGAACAAGGCGGUGGUGGUGAAGUCGGUCCAGAGGGGGUCCCUGGCAGAGAUGGCGGGUCUGCACGUGGGCAGGAAGAUCUACUGCAUCAAUGAGGACCUGGUGUUCCUGCGGCCCUUCUCCGAGGUGGAGACCAUCCUCAACCAGUCCUUCUGCGCCCGCCGCCCUCUGCGCCUCCUGGUGGCCACCAAGGCCAAAGAAGUCAUCAAAGUCCCCGACCAGCCAGAGGCACUGUGCUUCCAGGUCCGAGGGGCUGACCCCCCGUACAUCUAUGCUGUGGGCAGAGCCUUCCCACUGCAGGACCUGGUCUCCCAGCUGGCCCUCCACGAGGACAGCCCCACGGUCAGCCUGACGGUGGACAACGUGCACCUGGAGCACGGCGUGGUCUACGAGUAUGUGAGCACAGCAGGUGUCAAGUGCCACGUGCUGGAGAAGAUCGUGGAGCCACGCGGCUGCUUCGGCCUCACUGCCAAGGUCUCCAGGGGGCGGCAGGGGCGCAGGGUCUCUCCCCAGGGCUCUGCCAUUGGCACCUAACCAGCCUGGGCAUAUCCAGUGAGGCCAAUACCGGGUGGUCAGCAUUCCCACAGCCCCGUUUUUUCUCAGUUCGCAGCGCAGCUGAAGAGCAGGGUCAGCCCACCCUUCAAGCAAGCACCCCUAGAGCCCCGCCCGCUGUGCGGCCUGGACUUCUGCCCCACCAACUGCCACAUCAACCUCAUGGAAGUGUCCUACCCCAAGACCACGCCCUCGGUCGGCAGGUCCUUCAGCAUCCGCUUCGGCCGCAAACCAUCCCUCAUCGGCCUUGACCCUGAGCAAGGCCACCUGAAUCCCAUGUCCUACACUCAGCACUGCAUCACCACCAUGGCAGCCCCCUCAUGGAAGUGCCUGCCUGUGGCGGACGCAGGUCCCCAAGGCCAGGCUCUCGGCGACAGCAGCUUCGGUCUGGCUGCCGGCCAGGAGGACAGGGGCCUGAGCUUCCUGCUCAAGCAGGAGGACCGGGAGAUCCAGGAUGCCUACCUGCAGCUCUUCACCAAGCUGGACGUGGCCCUGAAGGAGAUGAAGCAGUAUGUCACCCAGAUCAACAGGCUGCUGUCCACCAUCACCGAGCCCACGUCUGGCGGGUCCUGCGAUCCGCCCUCGGCUGAGGAGCCCUCGCCCUCCCCACUGGUCAGUGAAGAGAGCGAGACGGACCGGGCGGAGCACUGCGCCAUCAAGAAGGUGUGCUUCAAGGUGUCUGAGGAGGACCAGGAAGACUCGGGCCACGACACCAUGAGCUACCGCGACUCCUACAGCGAGUGUAACAGUAACCGGGACUCCGUCCUCUCCUACACCAGCGUGAGAAGCAACAGCUCCUACCUGGGCAGCGACGAGAUGGGCUCCGGGGAUGAGCUGCCCUGUGACAUGCGGAUCCCGUCGGACAAGCAGGACAAACUUCAUGGUUGCUUGGAACAUCUCUUUAACCAGGUGGAUUCCAUCAACGCACUCCUCAAGGGACCAGUCAUGAGCAGGGCUUUUGAAGAGACCAAGCAUUUCCCCAUGGACCACAGCUUGCAAGAGUUCAAGCAGAAAGAAGAGUGUACAAUUCGUGGUCGGAGCUUAAUCCAGAUCAGCAUCCAGGAAGACCCCUGGAACCUCCCCAACUCCAUCAAGACCCUGGUAGACAACAUCCAGAGAUACGUGGAAGACGGGAAGAACCAGCUGCUCCUGGCCUUGCUGAAGUGCACAGACACGGCGCUGCAGCUGCGCAGGGACGCCAUCUUCUGCCAGGCCCUGGUGGCAGCCGUGUGCACCUUCUCCGAGCAGCUCCUGGCCGCCCUGAGCUACCGCUACAACAACAACGGCGAGUACGACGAGGGCAGCCGCGACGCCAGCCGCAAGUGGCUGGAGCAGGUGGCGGCCACGGGUGUCCUGCUGCACUGCCAGUCGCUGCUCUCGCCGGCCACGGUGAAGGAGGAACGGACCAUGCUGGAGGACCUCUGGGUGACCUUGUCAGAGCUGGACAACGUCACCUUCUCCUUCAAGCAGCUGGACGAGAACUACGUGGCCAACACCAACGUCUUCUACCACAUCGAGGGCAGCCGGCAGGCGCUGAAGGUGGUCUUCUACCUCGACAGCUACCACUUCUCCAAGCUGCCCUCCCGCCUGGAGAGUGGGGCCAGCCUGCGGCUGCAGACGGCACUUUUCACCAGAGCUCUGGAGAACACAGAGACGCCGCUACCUUCAGGAAGCCCUGGCACCGAGGACUUGCAACAGGAGAUCAACGCCCAGUCCCUGGAGAAGGUGCAGCAGUAUUACCGCAAACUCAGGGCAUUUUACCUGGAACGGUCCAACCUGCCCACGGACGCCAGCACCACUGCGGUGAAGAUUGACCAGCUGAUCCGCCCCAUCAAUGCCCUGGAUGAGCUCUGCCGCCUCAUGAAGUCCCUGGUCCACCCUAAACCUGGAGGCGGCGGGAGCUUGGGCGCAGGCCUCAUUCCCAUCUCCUCGGAGCUCUGCUACCGCCUGGGCGCCUGUCAGAUCUCCAUGUGUGGCACGGGCAUGCAGAGGAGCACCCUGAGCGUCUCCCUGGAGCAGGCGGCCAUCUUGGCACGGAGCCACGGGCUGCUGCCCAAGUGCAUCAUGCAGGCCACGGACAUCAUGCGGAAGCAGGGCCCCAGGGUGGAGAUUCUGGCCAAAAACCUCCGAGUCAAGGAUCAGAUGCCCCAGGGUGCUCCGAGGCUCUACCGCCUCUGCCAGCCGCCAGUGGACGGAGACCUCUGACCCCACUCUGCUUCUCGCUGGGCUGCAUCCUCGAGCCAGGAGUUGGCAGGACAGAGCAGCCACAUGGCCUUCUCAGGAGGUGGCUGGCCCUCGGCUCCCACUGCCCCGGAGCCUCCCCAGCUUCCUCCCCAUCUCUGCGUGCCCGACUUGGGGUGAGCCGGCUGUUCGGCCCCAACUGGCAGUGCCUCCCGCCUCUUCCAGAAGCCGGAGGGGUGCUGGGCGCCCACAGAGCCUUCCAGAAGCCGGAGAGGUGCUGGGUGCAGCCAGGACCUAGCUCUUGCCCCAGAGACCCAGGGACUCAAACUCAUGUGUGGGCAUAGAGCUGGGGGGCCCUGUGGACACGGCUCUCGGGAUGUCACCCUGCACUUUUGGAAGCCACUGGCUUCCUUCCACGUCCACAUUCCAGGCCGCCUGUCUCUUCCUCCCAGCUUCCAGGCUUGUCCCUAACCGUCUACUAACCCGCCUGGCGGACCCCAGGAGCCAGGCCUCACUCGGAGGUUACAGAAGGACAGGGCGUGCACAACACCUGUUCCCAGAGGACACUCGGAAGCCACACCGCCUCCAUGGGGCUGGAGCUGAGCACCCGGCCCGGGCUGCCCCACUUUAUUUAUAGGCGUGAGCGUGGCUUUCUGGGGUCUUUGCUAUUGUUCUGUUGUCAAAAUCUUUUUUCUUUCUUCCUGAGUUGUGUGAAUCUACCUUUGACAUCCUAAAUUUCAAAGAAAGGUAUAUUGUCUCACAAGGGACCAAAAUAAGAUAGCGUAUUGACAUCUAUCUCAUUUCUACUAAAAGGAAGCCCAAAGGAAAACUAAAUUAUUGGAAAUCAAA